AAGCCCUUUCGUCGCAGUUUGUAAAUCGCUUCACUUUGCUAUGUGUUUCUCGAGUAAUGGAAGAAAAUCAGAUCAAACAUGGUAAUUAUCACAAGUAUUACGAGUUCCGCCCGGAGGAUACUCGCUCGGGAAUUCUGAAACGGUCGCUGGGCGAACUGUGGAAUGCACGCAAAGCGGCUCCGGAAAGUGGUGAUGACGAGUGUGUUUUCCUGCUCGACGUCGGCUGUAAUCGGGGCCUUUUCACGGCCAAAGUAAAAACUAUCGUACAGGAAGUUACGGGACGCAAGGUGUGUGCUACGGGAGUGGACAUCGAUCCGGUCUUGUGCGAACAAGCGACUUCAAGCGUGCCGGAGGUGAACUUCCUGUGUGGAAACCUUCUCGAGAUCGCCACCAGCUGCUCCUCCGGAUGUGAUCAAGAUCCUAUCGAAAGUCACAUGCAGCAGCUAGGAAUUGGCCAGUUCGAUGUGGUGUGCUGUUUCUCGGUGCUGAUGUACAUUCACCUGAACGGAGGAGACGACGGGUUGCGCGCUGUGCUGGAUUAUCUGUGCCGUCGAGGAAAGCUGCUAAUUCUGGAAUUGCAACCGUGGAAGAAGUACCUAGACCAGGUUAGGCGGCUGAAGCGUUCUCGAAGCGAAGUGUACGAGCAUUACGAAGCACUAGAGUGGCGAGGGAACGAUGGUCGACUAGAAUCGUACAUAACGAACUACGUUAUCGAAAAGGGGUUUCAUUUGCUGCAAGAGUCCGAAGAAAGGAAUGAAUUCGAUCGCAAGAUUUGGAUUUUUGAAAAGAAAUAAUAAGUAAUAACAAUAA